AUUGGUCCCUGCGGAUAUUUGAAAGGUGGGGCUGGCGCGGAAACGAAGGUUAAGUUUGGGCUCCUCGCGGGACGCUUCGUCUGACUGCGUUUGGGAGCCAUGAGGAACUUCAAAGGAGUCAACUUUGGGACGCUGCUGAGCAACCCGAAGGAAGCCGAACAGUUGCUCCCUGACUUGAAGGAAUUCCUGUCCACGCCUCCAGCUGAUAUUUCCAGUUGCCGAUCUGAUGCAGAGAGAAGACAAGCUUGUGAUGCCAUCCUGAGGGCUUGCAACCACCAGCUUACUGCCAAGCUGGUUUGCCCUGGGCACCUGGAGAGCCUGCUGGAGCUGGCAGAGUUGGCUUGCAGUGGCUAUUUAGCGUCUACCCCCCAGCGCCCACCCCUCUACCUGGAACGAAUUCUUUUCAUCUUUCUACGGAAUGUUGCUGCGCAGGGAAUCCCAGAAGCUACACUUCGUCUUGCUCAACCCCUCCAUGCCUGCUUGGUGCAAUGCUCUCGCCAAGCUGCUCCCCAGGACUAUGACGCUGUGGCUCGGGGCAGCUUUUCUCUGCUUUGGAAGGGGGCAGAAGCCCUGGUGGAUCAGCGAGCUGCAUUCUCAGCUCGGCUAAAGGCCUUGAGCUUUCUAGUACUCUUGGAGGAUGAAAGUACCCCUUGUGAGGUUCCCCACUUUGCUUCUCCAACAGCCUGUCGAGUGGUAGCUGCCCAUCAGUUAUUUGAUGCCAGUGGGCAUGCUCUGAGUGAAGCAGAUGCUGAUUUCCUACAUGACCUGCUCUCUAGGCAUGUGAUCCAAGCCUUGGUGGAUGCGGGAGGAGGCCCUCCUGGUCCUCUUUCUCCCCAGAGGGCCCUCUGUCUCAUGGAGCUCACCCUGGAACACUGCCGUCGCCUCUGCUGGAGUGGCCACCACACCAAGGCCACCAGGGCACUGGAAAAGACCCGUGAUUACUUAAGGAACACCAGUCUGGCCCCUAGCCUCCAUCUUUGCCAGCUGGGGAUUGAGCUGCUACAGGUCGAGGAGGGAAGACCCCAGGAAGUGGUCAGACUUCUGAUUGAGGCAUGCGCUGUCCUGAACCAUAGUAUGGAGGCACCAUCACCCCCACUGCGGGCCUUGUGUGACAGCUGCCAGUUCUUCCUCUCAGGCCUGGAGCGAGGGACCAAGAGGCGCUAUGAACUUGAUGCUAUUCUGGGCCUCUUUGCUUUUCUUGACGGAUACUGCUCCCUCAUCCGGCAGCUGCAGGAUGGUGUGUGUGAGGUCUCCUCCAAGCAGCACCAGUCUUUGGUACAGAUGCGCUUUCAGGCCCUUCACCUCUACACUGUGGUCAUUUAUGACUUUGCCCAAGGCUGUCAGGAAGCUGCUCUGGCUGACCUGGCCCGCCUAGUGGAAAGUUGCAAAUCUACAGCGGUUUGGAUGCUGGAGGCCUUAAAGGGCCUGUCGGGUCAAGAACUGACUGAUUGCCUAGGGAUGACUGCCUCUUACACCAGCAACUUAGCCUACAGCUUCUAUUUUCACAAGCUCUACACGGAGGCCUGUGUCAUCUCCGAGCCCCUCUGUCAGCAUUUGGGUGCAGCGAAGCCAGGCACCUGUCCUCAGCUGCCUCCUGAGAAGCUGCAUAGGUGCUUCAGGCUGCAUGUAGAGAGUUUGAAGAAACUGGGUAAACAGGCCCAAGGCUGCAAGAUGGUAACCUCUUGGCUGGCAGCCCUACGGCCCUGUGGCCCUGAGCACAUGACUGAGCCAGUCACCUUCUGGGUCCGGGUCAAGAUGGAUGCAGCCAAAGCUGGAGACAGGGAGCUACAGCUGAGGACCCUGCGAGACAGCCUGAGUGGAUGGGACCCGGAGACCCUGGUCCUCCUGCUGAGGGAAGAGCUGCAGGCUUACAAGGCGGUGCGGGCCAACACGGGGCAGGAACGGUUCAACGUCAUCUGUGACCUGCUGGAGCUGAGCCCAGAGGAAACAGCAGCUGGGGCGUGGGCACGAGCCACCCACCUGGUGGAACUGGCUCAGGUGCUCUGCUACCAUGACUUUGCCCAGCAGACCGACUGCUCUGCCCUGGAUGCCAUCCGGGAAGCCCUGCAGCUUUUGGAGUCUGUGAAGCCUGAUACCCAGACCAAGGACCGGCUUCUGGAUGAUAAAGCACAGGCCCUGCUGUGGCUCUACAUCUGUACUCUGGAGUCCAAGAUGCAAGAAGGUAUUGAGCGAGAUCGAAGAGCCCAGGCCCCUCGUAACCUGGAAGAAUUUGAAGUCAAUGACCUGAACUAUGAAGACAAACUCCAGGAAGAUCGUUUCCUAUACAGUAAUAUUGCCUUCAACCUGGCCGCAGAUGCCGCUCAAUCCAGUUGCCUGGACCAAGCCCUGGCCUUGUGGAAGGCGGUGCUCACCAAGGGGCAGGCCCCAGCCGUGCGGAGUCUUCAGCAGACAGCGUCCUCACUGCAGAUCCUAGCCGCCCUCUAUCAGCUGCUGGCAAAGCCCUUGCAGGCUCUGGAGGUCCUUCUGCUUGUGAGGAUCAUCUCCCAGAGACUGGAAGACCACGCCAAGGCAGCUGGUUCCUCCUGCCACGUCACUCAGCUCCUCCUGACACUCGGCUGUCCCGGCUAUGCUCAGUUAUACCUGGAAGAGGCAGAAUCAAGCUUAAAGCUUCUGGAUCACACCACGGACACAUACCUGCUCCUUUCCCUGACCCGAGAUCUCCUUCAAAGCCAACUCUACUGUGCUCACCGGAAGGUGACCGAGGGUGCCUCUCUGUUGCUGUCGGUGCUGCGGGACCCUGCCCUCCAGAGGUCGUCCAAGGCCUGGUACCUGCUGCGUGUCCAGGCGUUGAAGCUGGUAGCAGUCUACCUUAGCCUCUCAUCAGACAGUCUCUCCACCUCCCUGGGGGAGCAGCUCUGUGCCCAAGGCUGGCAGACACCUGAGAUAGCGCUCAUUGACUCCCAUAAACUCCUGCGAAGCAUCCUCCUCCUCCUCAUGGGCAGUGAUGUGCUGUCUGUUCAAAAAGUAGCUGUGGAGACACCGUUUCUGGACUAUGGUGAAAAUCUGGUACAGAAAUGGCAGGUUCUUACAGAGGUGCUUAGCUGCUCUGAGAAGCUUGUGUCCCGCCUGGGCUACCUGGGUAGUGUGAGCGAAGCCAAGGCCUUUUGCUUAGAGGCCCUGAAACUUACCACAAAGCUACAGAUACCUCAGCAGUGUGCCUUGUUCUUGGUGCUGAAGGGGGAGUUGGAGCUGGCACGCAAUGAUCUGGACCUCUGUCAGUCGGACCUGAAGCAGGUGCUGUUCUUGCUUGAGUCUUGCACAGAGUUUGGUGGCCUAGCCCAGCACCCAGACUCCGUGAAGAAGGUUCACCUGAAGAAGGGAAAACAGCAGGCUCCGGUUCGCCAUCCUCCAGAGCUUCCAGAAGAGGAGGUAUUCCUAAAAGGUCCUGCUUUGGAGCUGGUGGCCACUGUGGCGAAGGAGCCUGGCCCCACUGCACCCUCUACUAACUCUUCUCCAAUCCUGAAAACAAAGUCCCAGCCCAGCCCUGGCUUCCUGAGCCACUCGCCCACCUGUGACUGCUCACUCUGUGGCAGCCCUGUCCUCUCCGCCAUCUGUCUGCGCUGGGCGUUGGUCACAGCAGGGUUACAACUAGCCAUGGGCCAUGAGUCCCAGGGUCUGGAUCUGCUGCAUGUUGUGCUGAAGGGUUGUCCUGCGGCCGCCCAACGCCUCACCCUAGCUCUCCAAGCCUCCCUGAAUCACAAAGCACCCUCCUCCCCUGUCCCAAGCCUCUUUGAUGAGAUCUUGGCUCAGGCAUACACACAGCUGGCACAGGAAGGGCUGAGCCGGCCAUCAGACAAGAGCCUGGGGAAGGCCCUGGAGUCAGGGCUGAAGUUUGUGGCAGCACGGAUACCCCACCUGGAGCCCUGGCGAACCAGCCUGCUCUUGAUUCAGGCCCUUGCAAAACUGACUGGCCUCAGCUGCUGCAUGACCCAACUCUUUGGAAACUCCUGGGGCUGGCAGCCACCAUCGCUAAAGACGCUCGCAGGCUCGGAGCCCUCUAAACCUCGGAGCCAGAAGCAUUCGGGACGAGGGCGCCAGCAGGUGGGGCCUGUCUGUAAUACCUCUCUGAAAGGCCUGGAAAGUGGAGGAACACCCUGUACACCUAAGCCUCAGGGUAGGGCCAGGCAGGCUGGCCCCCGAGUCCCUUUCACUGUGUUUGAGGAACUCCCUGCAAAGAGCAAGCCUGAGGUUCCCAAGGCCCCCAGGGUCCAACAGAGGGUCCAGACGCGCCUCAAGGUGAGCUUCAGUGAUGACAGUGACUUGGAAGACCCUGUCUCAGGUGAGGUACAGCUUGCAGAGGGACCAAAGAGACGGGGCACGGCUGCCCGAGGUCGGGGCCGCGGCCAGGCUAGGAAGGACCCCAGCUUAAAGACUGACCGUGCAGCUGCCCCAGAGAUUGCCCCCGGGAAUCCUGGCCCUGGCGGCAGAGGCCGAAGGGCCAAGAAGGUGCCAUCAGGACAUCGUGAGAUGCUGGAGAUAAUGAGGAGCAUCCCUGAGGAGGAGCUGACUGACAACCAGAUGGAAAUGAGCUUUGAGAUCCUCAGGGGCUCUGAUGGGGAAGACUCAGCCACAGGUGGGAAGGUACCAGUAUCAGGCCCCAACACAAGCCUAGGAGAAUGUGAGGUGUUGAGACGGGAUUCUGGAAAAGAGGAGCUGCCCAUCCUGUGCCCAGAAAAGGAGAGAAACAAGGAUAUUCGUGCUCAGCUCAGACUCCCCACGACCCCUGUAGCCAUUGAUCUCUCUACCCUGGAUGCCAUCUGCGACUCGCUGAGUGUUGCCUUCCGUGGAGUCAGCCACUGCCCUCCAAGUGGGCCCUAUGCCAACCUCUGCCGCUUCCUGGCCUUGUGCCUGGGCCACCGGGACCCCUAUGCCACUGCAUGCCUUGUCAUCGAUUCUGUCUCCAUCACCUGCCGCCACCAGCUACUCACUCACCUCCACAGGCAGCUUAGCAAGGCCCAGAAGCAGCGUGGAGCACUUGAAGUGGCAGACCAGCUGCAGGGACUGAGCCUCCAGGAGAGGCCUGGAGACGUCCCCCUGGCCCGCCUCCAGCGCCUCUUCACCUUCAGGACUGCGGGGUCUGGCCCCUUCCCCCGGCCCGAGAAGGAGCGCUUCCAGGAGCACCUGGCCCUGCUUCCCAGGGGGGUGACUGUGUGUGUGUUGGCCCUGGCCACUCUCCAGCCUGGAACUGUGGGUGACACCCUCCUACUGACACGACUGGAAAAAGACCAUCCCCCGGUCACUGUGCAGAUCCCCACCGCCCAGAACAAGUUUCCUCUGAGUUCGGUCCUAAAAGAGUUCGACGCCAUCCAGAAGGAUCAGAAAGAGAACAGCAGCUGCACAGACAAGCGGGAGUGGUGGAUGGGGCGCCUGGAGCUGGACCACAGGAUGGAGGUUCUCAUCACUUCCUUGGAGAAGCAUGUGCUGGGCUGCUGGAGGGGCUUGUUACUGCCAUCCAGUGAGGACCCUGGUCCUGCCCAAGAGUCUUCCCGCCUACAAGAGUUGCUGCAGGAAUGUGGCUGGAAAUACCCUGACUCCACUCUGCUGAAAAUCAUGCUCAGUGGGGCUGGAACCCUCACCCCUGAGGAGGUCCAGGUCCUAGCCUAUGGGCUGUGCCCAGCCCAGCCGGAACGAGCCCAGGAACUUCUGAGUGAGGCAUUGGGGCGUCUACGGGGUCAGACAACACCAAGCAAUAAGCACCUGGUCUUAGUACUGGACAAGGACCUGCAGAAACUGCCAUGGGAGAGCAUGCCCAGCCUCCGGACAUUGCCUGUCACUCGGCUACCCUCCUUCCACUUCCUACUCAGCUACUCCAUCAUCAAAGAGGCUGGGGCCUCAUCGGUGCUGAGCCAUGGGGUGGAUCCGCGCAAUACCUUCUAUGUCCUGAACCCUCACAAAAACCUAUCAAGCACAGAAGAGCAAUUUCGAGCCAAUUUCAGCAGUGAAGUUGGCUGGAAAGGCGUGGUCGGGGAGGUGCCGAGGCCGGAGCAGGUGCAGGUGGCCCUGACAGAGCAUGACUUAUAUAUCUAUGCAGGCCAUGGUGCCGGUGCCCGCUUCCUAGAUGGGCAGGCUGUGUUGCGGCUGAGCUGCCGGGCAGUCGCCCUGCUCUUUGGUUGCAGCAGUGCAGCCCUGGCUGUGCAUGGAAACCUGGAGGGGGCUGGCAUCGUGCUCAAGUAUAUCAUGGCCGGCUGUCCCCUGUUUCUGGGUAACCUCUGGGAUGUGACAGACCGUGACAUUGACCGCUACACAGAGGCUCUGCUGCAGGGCUGGCUCGGUGCAGGCCCAGGAGCCCCCCUUCUCUACCAUGUCAACCAGGCCCGGCAGGCUCCCCGACUCAAGUAUCUUAUUGGGGCUGCACCUGUAGCCUAUGGCUUGCCUGUCUGCUUGCGGUGACCCCUUGAAAUUGUCCUAUAACCCACAGAAGUCAUUUGACUGUUCUACCUCCAAAUGUUAUUUAACCCUUAGGAUAAAUGCUUUAAGCAAUUUUCCUCAGUGUUUUUUAUG